GUGUCCUGCCAGAGAGGGAGGGAGUAUACAAGGUAACAAGGGGCAAUAAAUUCAUAUUGAAAUAUUUCAAGGAGCCCAUGUUUUGAUGAAAUAAUUUAGCUAUCGCGCUGACGGUUAUUCGCAUAUAUUCUUCAUUUCGUGUAAGUCAGUCAAGUGUCACGCUAACAUCCAGUGACUUUUGUGGAUGUUGUGGGGUUUUAACUAGACAAACAGAAUCUCACUGGCCUCAGGAUGUUUCUGUUCUCCAAAAAGAAGAAGCCCAGUGAAGAUUCCAAGAAACGACUUGAGUACCAGCUUUGCUUGGCCAAAGAAGCAGGUGCUGAUGAUAUUCUGGAUAUUUCUGCCUGUGAGCUUACUGAGGUUCCCUCCAGUGCCUUCUCAAUAUGUAAAGUGCUCCAGAAGAAAGUGUUAAUUCUUCAUGGAAAUGGCCUGAGGUCACUUGUUCCUAAAGGUUGCUGCACUGGUGCCUUAGCAACUUUAAAGGUGUUGGAUCUGCAUGAAAAUAAGCUCACAUCACUUCCUGAUGACAUCGGGCAGCUUUUGUCCUUGCAGGUUCUGAAUGUAGAGAAGAACCACAUAAAACAGCUACCAGACUCUAUAGGGGAUCUACGACAUCUACAGACACUUAAUGUGAAAGGGAACUGCCUUACUGUGAUUCCUGUGUCUGUGGGUCACAUGAGCAGCCUGCGUACACUGGACAUAAGUGAGAACAGCAUCAGAGAAUUACCCAAAGAACUGGCCAGUGUUCGCACUCUAGAAAGCCUGAUCCUGGAUGCUCAGGAUAUGAGCUAUCCACCUGCGUCAGUGUGCAUGGGCGGCACAGAGGAAGUGCAGCGCUACCUCUGCUCAGAGAUGGGUCUGGAUUAUUGCCCUCCAUCCCAGUAUCUUCUGCCUGUGCUGGAGCAUGAUGAAGGGAAGCAGGAGGUGGAUUGUGUUGAUGGUGAGGAGAUGGCCUGGCAGAGCAAAUUCAUGGACUAUGAGAAAAGAAAGGAGCAGAAACAGCUGGAAAAGUUGAACUUUGAGAAAGUUCUUGAAGAGAAACAGAGAGAACAUACUCAGCUUCUCCUCCUCAACAACUCCCGCAAAGAAGACAUCCUGCAGUCUGUCAAAUUGGAGCAGGAACGGUUGGAGUUAGGUGUGUCUCAGCAACAGAAGGUCCAGGAAGCAGAGAGGCUGAAAAUGCUGGAUAAAGUACGUCAGGCAGAGAGCGCUGUCAUGGGCCGCAUCUCUGACCUCCUGCUUGAUAACAAACGCCAGGCAAAGAGUGCUGAAUUUCUGCAAGCUCUGGAGGAGGACCGCAUACGAAUGGAACACCUUACUGCCAUCACGCAGGAAGAAGCCAACUCUCUUAGGAAGAAGGAAGUGGCAGGUGCCAUGCAGAGGAUGCUGUCAGAGAGCUGCUAUUUAAGGUUACUGCAGGAGGCCAGGGAAGCCAAGACACAGAUUCUGGUGUCUGAGACCUGCAGGAGUUUGGACAGUUUGGAUAAGAAGUUUGACCAAGUGUUGUCCCUGCAGCAGCUAGACAAAAGCAAAGCCAUUAGUCAGAUCCUUCAAGAGGAGGAAAUGCAGAAGGCCGCCUUUGAAGCCCUCCAGCUUCAGAAGGACAGUGUGCACGCUUACAUCCGUAAUCAGAUUAAACUCAUAGAGGCAGAGUUAUUGCAGUUGACAAAGCUGGAGGUUAAGAGGAGGAAUUUGGACACUGAGAACCUGCAGGAGGUGCUGGCUGACCAGAGGACCGCUUUGACUGACCUACUGCAGCAGUUACUCAAACAGAAAGAUCAGAGGGAGGAAGAGCUCAGGCUGGUCUUGAUGGAGCUGGAACAGAAGAGUGAAUCCAAUCAGCAGAACUACUGGAUGAUUCAAUAUCAGAGGCUCCUGGAUGCUAAACCGCUGUCUUUGCGUAUGCAGGAAGCAGCUGUGGAUAGGGAUCUGGGGAAUAUGCUGUGUAAACUCUCUGCUCAACACUACCUGCCAAUCAUAGCUCACCACCGAAUCACUGCUGAGGCCUUGCGACACAUGACCGCCAAAGACCUUAGAAAGUUGGGCAUCAAUGAGGUUGGCGUGCAGAAAGCUCUUCUCCACUGGGCCAGAGAACGCACUCUGUCUGACCCAUUGCCUAAAACAGUGAAAGAGAUACAGGAAGCUGGUCCAUCUACUCCAAGCGCCCCACUUCAACAGCAGCUCACUCCUCCACUGACCCCCAACACCCCUCUGACCCCCACUGCCCCUGAUAGAUUCAGCAAUUCCGAGUGUGUGGUGUGCAUGGAACGUGAGUCACAUGUGAUCUUCUUGCCGUGUGGACACGUAUGCUGUUGCCAGACCUGCAGCGAUGCCCUGCAGUCCUGCCCUCUGUGCCGUGCUUCUGUAUCUCAGCGUGUCCGUCUUUACCAUGGCUGAAGCCGGCGAGCAUCCACCUAGUCCUUCUGUGGUCAGGAUCAUACCUCACGUGUCGUUAUUGGUCCCAUUUGCUGCAUGAAAUCAUAGUCUGUGAACCUUCAAGCACUUUAGAAGUUACUGGAUUUUCUCUUCCACUCCUGCAACAACUAGGCCAAUCAAAGAGGAACAUAAACAGCAAGACAUUUGUCCAAUGGCAAAAAAGUUCAUUGUUCAUCUUAAGCUAGUCACAUUCCUAUAAAUUAACAGUAAGAAACUAUUUGGUAACGGUUCAUCUAACUAAAAAAAUGAGUAGAAUAUAUAUACUAACUGAGUCUUAGUAUUGCCCUUGAUGUACAUGCUUAAAGCACUUGUGCCUUUUCUGUAUUUAAUGUCAACCCCCCCCACUAAAUUUUUUAAAUAUUUGCAUGUUCUCCAUUGUAAAGCUACAUCUUCAUCCACAUGAGACAGUCCCCCCAUGCCCAUAAUGUUAUUCUAGCAUCACCAUCAUAUAGUAGGACCAAAUUGCAUCACCAUUAAGGGCUGUUCACACCAAGGACAAUAACUAUAAAGAUACAUUUUAAUAAUUCUAAUUCUCUGAGAAUAGGAAGUCCUCACCACAGCUAUAACGAUAACAACACAAAGGAAUCACAUCACUUGAAUCACUUUCAGAACAAUUUUUUAUUUUUCCAGGAGGAUAAAAAACAUUGACAGCCAAUCAGAAUCUACCCCAAAUUAAAGAGCUCAAACAUUUAAAGUGGCAGCUGACAUAACUGCAGCGUUUGCUGUGCUUAUAAUGAACAGGACGCCAUCGUCCAUUGGUGUGGAUGCUAAUAUAAUUAUGGUUAUACUUGUUUUUAAACUUAUUGUUCUUGGUGUGAACUGACCUUUACUCUGCAGUGCCAUCUGAGAGCACCAGUUCAGGGUGUUAAAGUCAUUUUUACAAUUUUAGUAUAAAUUUUAAGCUUAAUACUUUUUUUUUGUUUUUAGAUUAACAGAAUCGAGCCUUCUGCAUUUAAAUGGUUUAAACUGACUUGGCAACACUGCAGAACAGGUUGAAAGUGAAAUAAUAGGUUGAAAGUGAAAGGCACUGUACUUGCUAUAUAACACUCAAAACAAUCAACCUCACAAAUGUUCUGCUAGUCCUUUUACUCUGUCAACCGUCCAGUUUCAGCGACUUCAAGUAUUGCACACAUGCAAUAGUGUUUCCUAAAUUACUUCUGUCUUCAUCCAAGUGCUCUUAUAUGCAAGUCUGCUUCUCUCGUCAUAUGUACAGAAUGAAAAAAGAACUUAGUAUGUCUGUAGUUAAAACAAUGUUCAUUUAAUUUCGUAUUCAUUUAUAUUUCAAGAAAUGAUCUUGAAGUGUUUAUUAGCAUGAUAAUUCACAUCAGAACCUUUUAAUCUGUGUGCUUUGUGUGAUUCAGUUAUGCUGUAUGGACUGGACUGGACAAAUAUGUCUUUUAUUGGCUGUGCAGCUCAAAUUGCAUUUGUCAUUAAAGAAAAAAAAUUCUGAAAGCUGAAAGAUUUUUUAGCAGAAUGUGCAAUCAGUACAUGAUAGUGUACCAAAAACAAGUAAAAAAACAACUCUUCUAGACCAUAGUAAUAGUAGGAGUUACUGUAUAAACUACCCUCUGGCAGGUUAUUAUUAACUUAUGUACGCACUGUAGUCCUCCUGCGUUUAUUUUGUUAUAAAAAUGGAUAAAGUUUGUGGUCAUUUGAUACUAUACAAAAGGCACCUUACCUGUGAUGACCAAGUGAGAUUGAAUCUCAAUGUUACACUCAGUUAUCACAUACAUGUUUUCCUUUGUUGUCUGCAUAUUCAUAAUAUAAUGUAUUCUUUUUUAGCUUUUAUAAUUGUACCCAACCAACCACAUCCAUUGAAAUGGUGCCUGUUCAUUUUUAAUAGUGUGAGUUAUCACGCCUGUCACACAUCUGCAAAAUAAACCUGCUAAAAUAA